AUGAGGGGCGCUCCAACAGGGCAGGCAGACAGUCCUCCGUACCAGCUCUCAUCCCGAGGAGCCACGAGCCGUGUCAAUGGAAACACACCGGCAGCACAUCGACCCUCUGAGCCAUCAGUAACUACAGCAUGGCAACCGCUACCGCGGCCGUCAACGCUUUCGCUGCCGUCAUUGCCACAAGUGGUGCGAGAAGCAGAAGCGACAGAAUGGGAAGACAGGCGCAGAGACUGGCUUGAUGCAUGGUGGAACAUUUUCAAUUCAGAAAACCGUCCUCUUGAGUCCAAGGUGACGAUUCACAUCCGAAACGCACCUAACAUGAACUGGCUUCGAGACUUUGAAAACAGCGACCGGUUAACAUUGUUCAAUGUUUUGAUUGUCGCCAUCUCAGAGUUGUAUACGGAAAACGCUUUGUUUCGAGCGACGUUUGAUGAAUUUACAAGCGCGAGACCGGAUGCUGCUGCAGACAUUGGACGCUUUCUUGGUUCUCGCUGGGUUGAAGUUCGGGCGUUUGAGGAGAUGCGUGAUGAGGAGGAUGAGCGGGGGCUUCAACGGGUGAUUUUGGAAGUUUUGUUUCAGGUUCGGGUUUGGAAGGCUAGAAGGAAUUGGUUGGAGGCGGAGAUGGAUUUGGUGAAGUAUGUUGUGGCUGACCGGCCGGGGUUUGAGGCUCUUCGUUGAAGUGAAAGGGGAUGGGGAUGUUUGGAUGUGAGAUCUGAGAUCUGAGGUAUGGGACGUUCGUUGGUAUUGGAAUUUGUGACGCUAAGCAAGUAGUACUUUUUAUCACUCUCUCUUUGAUCCAUGCAUUCGCCACUUUUCUUCCAACUCCUUGAUCAAUGCAUGAACACUUCCAACGUAACUUCAUUUCCCCAUCCGACAUCUUCUCCACUCUCUUUCCAUGCUCUCUCAAUAUCGAUCUCUAAUACUUUUCCAUUCGCUUUCACGCAUUCCACAGGGAUCGGGUUCCCGUGGAUCAACACGAUGAAAUUAUCUGACACCGUUCUCUCUUCCAAAUCAGAAAUCCAAAGUCCUAGAAUUCCUAGCGCUUUCAGCGAUAUCCAGGUUCGCAAACGUCCGCUGUCUUCGACGUAGACGUCGUAGCCUGUCACGGCAGCUGAGCCGGUCAUUUUGCCUACGAGACCUAGCAUGGCAACUUUGACGGGUUCCUUGGCCGAAGAAAGAUCGAAUGUUUGGAGAGCAUACGAUGUUAGGAUUUCCCAACUUUGAGCUUGGAGUUGGAUUCCGAUUAGAGGUUUCGUGGUUUCUUUGCCGGAGUCAUUGUGGAGUUUCAGAGGCUUUGUGAAUUUUCCUGAAGAGAAGGAUCCGAUUACAUAUUCUGCUUCUUUGCUAGCGGAGUCUGUACCAGGAAAUUCGGACAAAUGGACGAAUUCACUGAGAUGACGACCGGAGACGUUGAAGAUUCCGAGGAUUCCUGUGCCGGUUUGGGCGAAGCCGUGGUAGGUUCUGAUUUUGAGAAGGGUGAGGUCUUGGUAGGCGUUGUAGGGGUUUGUUGCUUUUCCGACGAUUUGAGGGCGGAGGAUGAUGGUUUUGUCGCGGGGGGUUUGGGCUGUCAUUUGUCUGAUCAAAGAGAUGUCGUGUUUGCCGGGAUAGUCGGUAAAGUAGAUGGGACCGCCGGAGACGCAGCGAGCGGCGGCGUGGAAACUGGCCCAGUCGUGGGAGGUUUGGAACAUGUCCCAGUCGGGAAGGACGUUGAGGUGUUGGGUGAGGAGGGCGUUGUGGGCGUUGCAGAAGAUGUGCCAGGGGUGAGAGGCGUCGACUUCGGGGAAGAAGUCGUCGCUGUUGCGGGAGAGGAUGAGCGGUUUGUUCCUUGGGAGCUGGGUGUGGAAGAGGUUCUGUGGGGUUUGUGACAUGCAUGAGAUGGCGCGGCUGCUCAGAUGGCGGAGGUGUGCGACUGUCCAGGCGUCUUGGUAGGCUUGCAUGAGGCUUCGUCGAUCGGGAGCGUGGACAAGGAGAUCUAGGAAGAAUUGUGCGUCGGUCUUGACACUGUCGACGCCAGAUUCCGCUAGGAAGCUGUAGAAGUCGUCGUACAUUUGUUUGACAUCUUCGGCCGCAACGACAGUGAAGGUGCCUCCUGCUACGCCGGGCUCCUUUUCGACCUGGAUCGUCUUGUAAUUUUGCGCGAUCUCGCCAUCGGGAUCGAUGCCGCCCCAGUAUCCGAGCAGUGCGUGCCAUACGGCGAUGUGCUUGAUAUUCGAAUGUCGCUUCCGUAUCUCGGCUGUGGUCUUCUUCAUGCCAUCUGGAAAGCCCUCUGGGUUUGCCUCGAAUGCAGACCAGCCACGGGUGAAUUGCGUGUCGCCUUUGCUGAGCGACUGCCAGUUGUCAUCGAUGAUGAGUGUGGAUAUGUUGAUGUUCUCCUUGGCGAGGUCUUCCAGUGCGUCGUAUAUAUUCUUAGCCGUGAGUUUCUGUCCUAAGGCAUUCCAAGUACAAAACGUGAACCCAUCAUACCAGUCCUCAAGCCACUCAGGACUGGGAUUGUCGACUGGUUGUACAGUCUUGAUGAGCUGUUCGACAGUGGCAGCCUCCUCAUCUGCAGCACUGUAGGACUGCACAAUCUUCCGGGCAUGAUACCAGACAGCUGCAUUCGCUACCUCGAAACUGUCGGCGACGGCAACCAGCACUCUGCUAGUCUCGGUUUCGGUCCUAUCAUUGCGAGCCUUGAUGAUAAUGUUUCCAUCGUGAUCGUUGAAGAAAGUCGUGAUCACAUCGUUGAUGCCGCUGAUCCCCAAAAUCACGACGUGCAAGCCAUCUUCACGCAAGAAAGAUAAUUCAACAGCAUCCUUGUCGACUUCGAACGUCCCUUUGCCUUGACGCGGAGCCAGCCAAGGAGACCACAGUCGCACCAAGCCGAACCAUCUAGUGCUCCGAUUGACGACACCCAACUGAUGAUGUUGAUAGCCUGAGUCUUGCUUGUA